AUGACUGCCACACUAUACUGCAACAGAUGCUGGGUUAUGUACACCGUAUGGAAUUGGAUUGGUGUUGUGGUAUUUACGAUGUUGUGGGUCAUCAUCAUCGCUCGGUUGCAUGCGAUGUAUCAAGGAUCCAGAAAGAUCCUGAUAUUUCUCAUUGUCACCUCCCUGGCUCUCGUCACUUUCGGUGCAGUGUCCACCACCAUGAUAACGAUGGAUACUUCAGGGGAGAAACUCAUUCUCUCUGGCACUUAUCAGUGUCAGAUUAACUAUGCAGAAGAUAUCCUACUUCUUAUAUCUGUGUGUUGGAUGCUCAGCAUUGUAUGGGAGGUCCUCGUGCUAUGUCUCGCAGUCCGGAUUGCGGUAAAACACUUCCGUGAACUACGACGACAUUCGGCAGGAGGCAUUAUCGAGGACUGUUUCACAGUGUUGAUGAAAACUCACGUGGUUUACUUUGCGAGCUAUGUUGCUGUUUCUUGUCUUCAUCUCAUUGAUGAUUUCUAUCCAACAUUCUUCACGAGCAUUUCCCUGGUUACUCAGGUUACCUCUGGGGUUGGUCAGAUCUCGCAGGUCGUGCAGAUGUCUGUGUUGGGACCGCGCCUGAUCCUUGGUAUUCGAGAAUAUCACGCUAAGCUCGUGGCCAAGUCUGACGUAGCAACCGGUAUGACCUCAAUCGCUUUCCAGGAGCGCGUGCAUAUAUCGACUGGCAGUGGUGUGUGA